AACAAGAGCUAAAGCGACAACAACAGCGAAAGCGACAACAACGAAACGAGCUAACGAAAAAUUACAAUGUGUGUGUGUGCGUGUGUGCGUGAAGGAAAGAAGUAAGGUGAAGUGAGUGACAAGUUGGCAAAAAAUAAAGAACCGAAAAUGGAACAACAACAACAGCAACAACAACAAAUGAAAUGUGCGCAACUAUGCAAAUAAAUUAAUAAGCCAAAGUCAUUACCAAAUUAAAACGAGACACGCGAAAAGCAGCAUACAACAAAAUAAAAACAUAGAGCGAGAGAGAGAGAGAGAGAGAGAGAGAGAGAGAGAGAGUGAGAAGCGAAAGCCAAGGAAAGUAAAGUAAAGGCAAGGCUCAAGUCAAGUGCGUUGAGUGGCAAAGUCAAGAGCUGCUGCUGAAGUAGCUGCUGGCAUGCUUAGAGAGACCCCAAGAAACGGAAAGAGAGGUUAACUCGUCCGUUGUCCUCGUCGCCGUCAAAGGCAUCGAAGCAAUGCUUGCCUCAUUAGCGACUUAGCCGCGUCAAAAUGCAAAGGUGAAGGAAGCCAAAAAAAUAAAAAUAAAAAAAAUACUCGACCGCAAAAACGGAAUAAUCACUGAAAGAGUUUUUCUUCCCUCUGCACAAGGACGAGAAAUUGAAUAUAUUUAAGGAAAUAUAUAUAUAUACAUAAUACUAUAUAUUGCAUGACGAGUGCUUAGUGGAUAAUUUGGCUAAUGAGCUGCGCCUGAGAAAUGAAAAUGGAAAUUGAUAUUGCGCAGAAAAGGGCAAAUUGAAAUAGACGCACAUAAUUGAAAUAUAAAAUAUAAUUAAAUUGCAUAAACAACAUCAUCAUAAACAUAUAAGAUUUAAGAAGCAUGGCAUCACCACCGGAAAGCCCCAUCGAGGAGGUGGUCUACGAGUUGGAACACACACGAGUGCCUAAACCCAUCCCAGUUGCUCUCGAGGAUUUGUGCCGUCAAACCAAGUUCACCAAGCAGGAAAUCCGCGUCAUGUAUAGAGGAUUUAAAACGGAAUGUCCCGAGGGUGUGGUGCACGAGGAUUGUUUUAAGGAUAUUUACGCCAAAUUCUUUCCACAUGGCAAUUCCAGUUUAUAUGCUCAUUAUGUGUUCAAAGCCUUCGAUGUUAAUUGCAAUGGCGCCAUUAGUUUUCGGGACUUACUCGUCACCUUAUCGACGCUGUUGCGCGGCUCUGUCUACGAGCGUCUGCGCUGGACCUUCAAAUUGUACGAUCUCAAUGGAGAUGGUCGCAUCAGUCGCGGCGAGCUGAGCGAAAUUGUGCUGGCCAUACACGAGCUUAUGGGACGGAGACCGCAUCAGCCGGAGGACGAUCGCAAGGCGAGAGAUCAGGUGGAUCGAGUCUUUCGCAAAUUGGACUUAAAUCAAGAUGGCAUCAUUACGAUAGAGGAGUUUCUCGAGGCUUGUCUCAAGGACGAUUUGGUAACACGUUCGCUGCAAAUGUUCGACAAUGACCUUUGAUGACAAGCGGACGAACCAGCGAUUCGCAAUACCAGGACUAUAAUACCGCUUAUUGAUCUAUAAAUUGAAUUACGAUUAACACACACACACAUACAGAAAACGCCCACAAAGCAAAGCCAACAAAGCCACAAACAACAAUUGUACUAAAUGAACACCAGUUAAGCAAAACAAAAGAAAAUGAAAGCUGAAGAAGAAGCAGAAGAAACAACAUAUUAGUACUUAACAUUAGUUUAGGCAGCUACAACAAAUAAUAAAUCCACGAAACUUUAAAACAUUUAUGUGUCUACGUUUCGGAUUUUGGAUUUCGGAUUUUGGAUGGAAAUUGAUCGUAAAUUUAUAAAAGACAACUAAGUAAAAUGAUACAAGAAUAUGUCACUUUUUUAUGCAUAUUAUGAAUUUAAUCCUGCCGUCAAAAGCGAAUUGGUCUUAUAUAUGUGUACUUAUGUAUGUACAAUAAAAACGUAUGUACUUUACUUUCAUGGAAUUAAAUGAGCAUUAACAAAAACAAACUCAAAAAACGAAACCACCAACCAAAUGAAUAACAAACAACUAACAAACGGAAUUGGUUUAAAAAAGUUUAACAAAUUGUGCAACACGAUUUACUUUACUC